AACCUAGCCAAAUCCACCUUCGGGAAGUCCUCGGUGGUCUAUCUGGGACAUGUGGUAGGGAACGGCACAGUUCGUCCCAAGAAGGCCAAUGUGGAGGCCAUACUGGCCUUCCCUCUCCCUACCACCAGGAAGGCACUUAUGAGGUUCCUAGGGAUGGCCGGGUUCUACAGGCGGUUCUGUAGGAACUUCUCUACCCUGGCCGCCCCUCUGACGGACCUUACCAGCUCUUCCGUCCCCUUCCACUGGACCCCAGCAUGUGACCAAGCAGUCAGACAUCUCAAGGCGUUCCUCGUUUCCUCGCCAGUGGUAUGGACACCGGACCACUCCCACCCCUUCCAACUACAAAUUGAUGCCAGUGGGGUGGGUAUUGGUGCGGUCUUGCUCCAAAAAGACCCUCUGAGCGGCAUUCUCCAUCCAGUCGCUUACCACUCGGCCAAACUCAAGAAACACCAGAUGAACUAUUCAACCAUCGAGAAGGAAGCGCUGGCGUUGGUCCUGGCUCUCCAACGAUUCGAGUGUUACCUCCAUCCCAGUCCUGAAACAAUCGAGGUAUACACAGACCACAACCCCCUGGCAUUCCUACAAGCCAUGAAAAACAAAAAUCAACGCAUCCUUCGCUGGGCCCUUCUCACUCAACCCUUCAACCUCCAAAUCCGCCACAUAAAGGGGGUCGACAACUUGUUGGCGGAUACGCUGUCAAGAGCUCCAGUGUAA